AGAGGACGUGUGUUUCUUUUAGCUGAUUUGUGUUGUAGCUUCUGAUAGUUGCAUUACGACGGUCAUCGUUCUGUGGCAUCUGCUUCCCUGGAUUUGGAAGAACAGAGUCCAUAUCCAAUUCAUUCUUCUCUGUCUCCUUGAAUCCAUGUGUAGCGCGUGGGAUCUCAGUUUUCUGCUGAGGUUGCUGGCUCAUGCUGAGGAGCAAACGAGGCAGCUGGAAGCUAAUCUGGGAGAUGCUUCCGCUGCCGAUCAUUGCAGAUCAUUGGUGCAACAGAUAAGUUCUGAUUUGAAGGAAGCCGUUUCCGUGGCUAGACUGAUGGACUUCGAAGGGCCACAGCAGCCGGCAUGGCAAGGUAACGCAGCAGUAGACUUGCCUCGAUGGAGCAGCGAAGGCCUGUGGAGCGAGAACUCGGAGACGGUCCUCAAAGAACAAGAACGCAGGGAGAUGUGCAAGAAGAGGAAAACUCUACCCAAAUGGACGAUCCAAGUUCAGGUCUCCGGCAGCCAAGCGGGCGGAGUACCAGAAGACGGCUAUAGCUGGAGGAAAUACGGGCAGAAGGAGAUCCUUGGAACCAGGCAUCGAAGAGGCUACUACAGAUGCACUCGCAGCAACAGCGUCGGAUGUCUUGCGACGAAGCAAGUGCAGAGAUCCGAUCGGGACCCCUGCGUCUUCCACGUUACUUACCGAGGGGAACACACUUGCCUGGACAACCUGCAAGCGCGUCUCCAUGAUGAAGCUCCAACGAUACUUGAAGCACGGCAUCAUCUCCAAGACCAGCAGUUGCCUCUGUGUCCUAAAACAAGUUUCAUGGAAAUGCAAGAUCACAACCUAGUUUCUUCCUUCUCUUUUCCUUCCACACCACUCAGUAGCUUUGAGCCUAAGAACCAGAUCUUCUCGUACACAAACCCCAUGGAGAAUGACCAUUCAAGCAGCUUCUCUUCCCCAUUCAUGUCGCCACCUACCUCAGAAUCGAACUACUUCGCAGUGUCUCCAUGCCAGAGGAGCAGCUAUGGAGGGGGAACUGCUGAUGCAGCUUUCAAGCCCCCCCCUCAUGUGGAGUUUGAUCCAAUUUUCUCCAUUGAUACUUCGAAAUUCUUCUGAUGUGCUCAUAAAACAGAAUCCAUCACUGCAAACGACUGUUAAGAUAACCUUGUUGUUCGAUCAAGAUAAAGGAAUACUUCAGGUCUAUCAACAUAGAACAGUGUUCUGUUAACCUCACUAGGAAUCCACCUGCACCAAAGGUUAAUGUAAUUGGCGAUUGAUGUUGCAAUUUGUUUGGCUUAUAGGAAACAAUGUUAAUCCAUUGCACAAUUAUUGGAGACAAAAAAGUUCCAAAAGAUUACAU